AUGCCAGCAAAAACAGAGUUUCUCAGAUACGCGAGUCCAAAUGAGAUGCGGACUAUCGCCCGUGAGGAUGUUGGUUACUAUCAUGCAGUCGUCAUUGGUGCAGUCUACGACUUCGCCGAUGGGGUCAACAUCAAGUCUCCUGCAACCUAUUUUCACGCGUUAAGACGCUGCAUCGAGGAGCAUCCCUUCUUCUGCGUCACGGUAGGAGAUAGAGACACCGACAAGGGAUUCUAUGAACGGGUGGCUCGCAUCAAUGUCGAGGAGCACAUCAGCUUCGUUGGGGACGAGAAUGCUGAGACAGACUCACUGGAAGCUAUUGGAAGAUCUAUGGAAACAGAGAUAGCCCGUCCUUUUGUCGCUGGAAUCCCACCAUGGAGGAUCGUGAUUCUUCCUCUCGGCCCGUCUCAAUGCCAUGUUGCAUUCUCUUUCUCUCACACCAUUGGUGAUGGUAUCGCCGGGGUUGCUUUUCACAAGACGUUUCUUGCUGGAUUGAGAGAAACCCCUGCAACGGAACCAUCAUCCACCAUUGCUCCCCCGGAUAAGCCUCUUCCUGAGCCAUUCGAUACAGCUGAAAGACUGCCAAUCUCAUGGUCAUUUCUACUGGCACCGGUUCUCGCUGAAUACAUGCCAUACUUUUUCGUUCGCUUGCUCGGCCUACGUGUCUCAGCAUCCCAUGUCAACGAAGGUACAUGGACAGCAGCGCCUAUCUUCUUCAAUCCCGAGGCAUAUCACAGCAAACUCAAAAUUCGACAAGUUGAGGCAUCACAGGUAAACAAGGUUAUCCAGCUUGCGCGGACUCAUGAUGCGAGGUUGUCAGGAGUCAUGCACCAGCUCAUCACCCGCGCAAUGAGCAAGGCAGUCAAGGACAGCAACGUCACCAAUUUCGUGGCGCAAACGGCUAUAAAUAUGCGAAGAUCAAUCGGCAUGUCCAAUGACGUGGCGAGUGAUAUUGUAUCGGGCUCCUACACUAUCCAUCUUCGGAGCGCUGCCACAGGUCCCUUGACUGAACAAGAAUGGGCAUCAGCUGCUGAAGCUACAAAGGAGUUCGCCAUGACUUCCACCAAACUCGACGACAACGCCAUUGGUUUACUGCGAUAUGUCCCGAGUAUGAGAAAAUGGACACUCGGUAAGAUUGGCAAGAAGCGGGAUUCGUCAUACGAGUUCAGCAACGUUGGUGUAUUUGAUGGCAACAACGCGAAUGAUGACAAGGUCAAGGUGUCCAAGCUGACAUUCGCGCAGCCUGGUCACGUUGGAGGAUGCCCAAUUUGUUUCAAUAUCGCCUCUGUAAAGACUGGCGAUCUGGUGUACACGGUUACGUGGCAGCCCGGAGCAUUGGGGCUUGGUGAUGAUGCGGCAGAGGAGAAGAUAGUGGAGGAGAUAUGCGACGAAGUCCAGCGUGGCUUUAACGAAAUAGCUUAG